GCAGUUAAUCGCUCUUUCUGUCAGUCCAGUACUCCUGAAUUGGAGGGUGCCGCAGCUUCUCGGUGAGGGUGGUGGAACAAGGGAACAAAAACUGCAGAGAAUAACUGAGAAGUAGAAGAGCCCGGAUAAGCACGGCUAGACGGGCGACCCCCUUGUCUGUCCAGAGAGGAUGGAGAACGCACACGCAAAGUCCACGGGCGAAUGCCUGACGUACUUCGGUGUGAGCGAGGCCACGGGCCUCAGCCCCGAACAGUGCAAGAAGAACCAGGAAAAGUACGGCUUCAAUGAGCUGCCCGCUGAGGAGGGUAAGAGCGUCUGGGAGCUGAUCGCUGAGCAGUUUGAGGACCUGCUCGUCAGGAUCCUGCUGCUGGCCGCCUGCAUCUCUUUUGUGCUGGCCUGGUUCGAGGAAGGCGAAGAGACCGUCACCGCCUUUGUGGAACCCUUCGUCAUCCUUCUUAUCCUCAUCGCCAACGCCAUCGUUGGCGUGUGGCAGGAGCGUAACGCUGAAGACGCCAUCGAGGCUCUCAAAGAGUACGAGCCCGAGAUGGGCAAGGUUUACCGUUCUGACAGAAAGAGUGUGCAGAUGAUCAAGGCCAGGCAAAUUGUCCCCGGAGACAUCGUGGAGGUGUCAGUUGGAGACAAAGUCCCCGCUGACAUCAGGCUUGUGUGCAUCAAGUCCACCACCCUGCGUGUUGACCAGUCCAUCCUUACCGGUGAGUCCGUCAGUGUGAUCAAGCACACGGAUGCUGUUCCCGACAUGAGGGCUGUCAACCAGGACAAGAAGAACAUGCUUUUCUCUGGCACUAACAUCGCUGCCGGCAAGGCCAUCGGAGUUGUUGUGGCCACCGGAGUCUCCACCGAGAUCGGCAAGAUCCGCGACCAGAUGGCCGCCACCGAGCAGGAGAAGACUCCUCUGCAGGCCAAGCUGGACGAGUUCGGCGAGCAGCUGUCCAAGGUCAUCUCCCUGAUUUGCGUCGCCGUCUGGGCCAUCAACAUCGGCCACUUCAACGACCCCGUCCACGGAGGCUCAUGGAUCCGCGGGGCCGUCUACUACUUCAAGAUCGCCGUCGCUCUGGCCGUGGCUGCCAUCCCCGAGGGUCUGCCCGCCGUCAUCACCACCUGCCUGGCUCUCGGUACCCGCCGUAUGGCAAAGAAGAACGCCAUCGUCAGAAGCCUGCCCUCUGUGGAGACCCUGGGCUGCACCUCCGUCAUCUGCUCCGACAAGACCGGCACCCUCACCACCAACCAGAUGUGUGUGACCAAGAUGUUCAUCGUCAAGGGCGCCGAUGGCGACCAUGUCAGCCUUGACGCCUUUGAUAUUUCUGGCUCCAAGUACACCCCCGAGGGCGAGGUGACCCAGGGAGGUUCCAAGGUCAACUGCAGCUCGCACGACGGGCUCGUUGAGCUGGCGACCAUCUGCGCCCUCUGCAACGACUCCUCUCUGGACUACAACGAGUCCAAAAAGAUCUAUGAGAAGGUUGGUGAGGCUACUGAGACUGCCCUGUCCUGCCUGGUUGAGAAGAUGAACGUGUUCAACAGCAACGUGAAGAACCUGUCCAAGAUCGAGAGAGCCAACGCCUGCUGCACUGUGGUGAAGCAGCUCAUGAAUAAGAACGUCACUCUGGAGUUCUCCCGUGACAGGAAGUCCAUGUCCGUGUACUGCACCCCCACCAAGGGCGACGGUGGCGCCAAGAUGUUUGUGAAGGGUGCCCCCGAGGGUGUAAUUGACAGGUGCGCGUAUGUGCGCGUUGGCACCAACCGCGUUCCCCUGACCAACGCCAUCAAGGAGAAGAUCAUGACAGUCAUCAGGGAGUGGGGUACCGGCCGUGAUACCCUGCGUUGCCUGGCCCUGGCCACCCGUGACACCCCCCUGAGGAUGGAGGAGAUGGUCCUUGAGGACUCCACCAAGUUCGCCGAUUAUGAGACUGACCUGACCUUCGUUGGCUGUGUUGGUAUGCUGGAUCCCCCUCGCAAGGAGGUCUGUGGCUCCAUCGAGUUGUGCAGGGCUGCUGGAAUCCGUGUCAUCAUGAUCACCGGUGACAACAAGGGAACCGCUAUCGCCAUCUGCCGUCGUAUUGGCAUCUUCAAAGAGGAUGAGGAUGUUGAGAACAAAGCCUACACCGGACGUGAGUUUGACGACCUGCCCUCCCAUGAACAGCCCCAGGCCGUGAUCAGGGCCAGCUGCUUUGCCCGUGUCGAGCCGUCCCACAAAUCCAAGAUUGUGGAGUUCCUGCAGGGUCAUGAUGACAUCACUGCUAUGACUGGUGAUGGUGUGAACGAUGCCCCUGCCCUGAAGAAGGCCGAGAUUGGCAUCGCCAUGGGCUCUGGCACUGCCGUUGCCAAGUCUGCCUCUGAGAUGGUCCUGGCUGACGACAACUUCGCUUCCAUCGUGGCUGCUGUUGAGGAGGGCAGAGCCAUCUACAACAACAUGAAGCAGUUCAUCCGCUACCUCAUCUCCUCCAACGUCGGUGAGGUCGUCUGUAUCUUCCUGACCGCCGCUCUGGGUCUGCCCGAAGCUCUGAUCCCCGUCCAGCUGCUGUGGGUCAACCUGGUUACUGACGGUCUGCCCGCCACCGCUCUGGGCUUCAACCCCCCCGAUCUGGACAUCAUGGGCAAACCCCCACGUUCCCCCAAGGAGCCCCUGGAUUUUAGGGAUGCUCUCUUCUCCUCCCACCAACGCCGCCUUGUUUCUCUAACAGCAUACGUCAGCGCUGCCACUGUUGGUGGUGCUGCCUAUUGGUUCAUCUAUGACCCAACUGGCCCCCGGGUCUCCUACUACCAGCUUUCCCACUUCAUGCAGUGCCACGAUGAGAACGAGGACUUUGCCGGUUAUGAAUGUGACAUCUUCGAGGCUUCUACUCCCAUGACCAUGGCCCUGUCUGUGCUGGUCACCAUUGAGAUGUGCAACGCUCUCAACAGCUUGUCUGAGAACCAGUCUCUGAUUCGCAUGCCCCCAUGGAGCAACUUCUGGCUGCUGUCUGCCAUGACCCUCUCCAUGUCCCUUCACUUCAUGAUCAUCUAUGUUGACCCUCUGCCCAUGGUCUUCAAGUUGACCCAUUUGAACAUUGACCAGUGGAUGGUCGUCCUGAAGCUUUCCUUCCCCGUCAUCCUCAUUGAUGAGGUGCUGAAGUUCGUGGCCCGCAACUACGUUGAAUGUACAGAAGCUAGAUAGAGAUGUAGAAGAAGAUCUUAAGGGUUGGAGAGAAAGAGGAGGGAGAGAGAAGAAGAUCAAAACCAAAGAGGGGAGCCAUAGUGAACCAACCAUUAGAAGAAAGACGAGAAAAUACAGGAAAACUUUUAAAAAAAACAAUAAAACCUGUCAAAAAAAAUCUACACAAACAUAGCCUCCAUUUAAAGGGAGGAGAUUUGACUCAACCGAAAGGAAGUACCCAUGGCGCAGUAUUCAAAUAUUUAAAAUUUUAUUCUCAGAAAAAAAAGUAUGUAUUGAAAGUGAUUUUUUUUUGUUAAACUUGGAUAUUCUCAGCUGUUGUGUUUCUGUGUCCUCUGUCCAUUUUCAUAUGAUUGACUUUCCAGCUCAUUUCUUUUAUUCUAGUCCUUCGUUGCUCGUGUCUCGUGCAGCCUCCCUCCUUUGGCUGGGCUUUGUACAGUGUGCUGUAGGGUUGCAAAAUGACUUCAUAUGGGCAGAAAAGCCACGCGCCUUCGGGCGCCAGCACUCUACGGGCUCCAUGCGGUUAGCGGACUCCGUUGGAGGUCUCGUGACGUCAAAAAUGGGCACGUCCACUUAGUCACAACACUUGUGGUCUUAUAUAUUGUUUACGUGAUAAGCUGCAAUAAAAUGAUGAUUUCCAACUCA